UUGGUUUUGCUUUGAUCCCUGUUCUUCUUCGUGUUCAUUGGAUUUCCACUUUCCCUUCGAAGUCAACCACCACCGUCGUCUGUUAAUUUGAUUUAUUUGAAAAACCAAACAAAAAACCAUUCCUUUGAUUAUGCUUUGAUCCAAAAUGGCAAGAAAUUUUUGCGAUUUUCGGUUUCUUCUCAUUCCCGCUGCAGUUGUAUUCAUCUACAUCCAGAUGCGCCUGUUCACAACUCAAUCAGAGUAUGCUGAUCAUCUUGCGGCUGCAGUGGAAGCUGAGAACCAUUGCACAAGUCAAAUGCGGUUACUUAUUGACCAGAUAAGCAUGCAACAAGGACGAAUAGUGGCACUUGAAGAAGAAAAGAAACGCCUGGACGAAGAGUGUGGGCAAUUGAGGACUCUUGUGCAAGAUCUUGAAAGAAAGGGUGUUCAAAGAUUAAUUGACAAACUACAGGUUCCAAUAGCAGCUGUUGUGGUUAUGGCAUGUAACCGCCCAGAUUAUCUGGAAAGGACAAUUGAAUCUAUCUUGAAGUAUCAAAUUUCUGUUGCUUCGAAAUUUCCACUCUUCAUAUCCCAGGAUGGGUCUAAUGAAAGGGUUAAAAGUAAAGCUUUGAGUUACAAUCAACUAACAUAUAUGCAGCACUUGGAUCUUCGACCAGUGCAAACUGAAAGGCCAGGAGAGAUGAUUGCUUAUUACAAAAUUUCAAGUCAUUAUAAAUGGGCAUUGGAUGAAUUGUUUUACAAGCAUAACUUCAGCCGGGUAAUCAUCUUGGAAGAUGACAUGGAGAUUGCCCCAGAUUUUUUUGACUAUUUUGAGGCGACAGCAACUCUACUUGAUGACGACAAGACCAUUAUGGCUGUUUCUUCAUGGAACGACAAUGGGCAGAAGCAGUUUGUUCAUGACCCAGAAGUUAUUUAUCGCUCUGAUUUCUUUCCUGGUCUCGGAUGGAUGCUGUCAAAGUCUACAUGGGAUGAACUUUCACCAAAGUGGCCCAAGGCAUACUGGGACGACUGGUUGAGGUUGAAACAGAACCACCAAGGUCGACAAUUUAUCCGUCCAGAAGUGUGCAGGACAUACAAUUUUGGCGAGCAUGGAUCUAGUAUGGGGCAGUUCUUCAAGCAGUAUUUGGAGUCCAUUAAACUUAAUGAUGUCCAUAUUGAUUGGAAAUCAAUGGAUCUGAGCUACUUGAUGGAGGACAAAUAUUUAAGGCAUUUCGCUGACAUGGUGUCAAAUGCCAAACCUAUCCAUGGAACUGAUGUUGUACUGAAGGCAUAUAACAUAGAUGGUGAUGUUCGCAUUCCAUACAAAGAUCAGGAUGAAUUUGAACAUAUUGCACGUCAGUUUGGAAUUUUUGAAGAAUGGAAGGAUGGUAUCCCAAGGGCAUCGUACAAAGGAGUUGUAGUUUUCCGGUAUCAAACUCCUAGGCGUAUAUUCCUUGUCGGCCCCGAUUCUCUCAGGCAGCUUGGGAUCAAAUCUGCUUGAUAGCAAAGGAUUAGCAGGAUCUUGUUAGGAGGCAAACUAAGAAAGUGGUGGGGUAAUAUGAAGGAUUCCCUGUGAAGAUUGACAAACUGAAAUUUGAGGUACAGAAUCUUCCAGGAAACAAGAGGCAGCUGAUAUGAUGGAUGUAAAAUCCAGGUAACCCAGAUGUACUAGCAAUGUACUACUCAAAAGUUCUGCACAGUUGUACUAGUUCAGUUGUACUAGUUGACACCAUUUAUCUGUAAUUCGACUUCAAAUAGCUCUGCUCAUGCUGGGUAUGACAUCCUUGUAACUUACAUUCAGCAAGAAAAUGCUGCCUUUAGUUAUCUUUCAA